GUGAGUGACCCGCGAAAUUUUAAUUUUUACUCAUCUUCGACGACGCUUUCACUGGCAAAAUAAACGGUCACCUGUAUGCGGAAACAGAAAAUAAUCGUUCUCCGGAUUUAAAAUACGUGUUUUUUCAGAAGAAAAAGUGUUGUUUAUUGUUCUAUUGAAGAAUAUUGCAGGAUUCGCCUGCGAGAUCAACGACACAAUGAUGGAGUCCAAAAUACCCAAACCCAGCUUUAUCAAAAAACCAACCGGAAUGGCAAGUCUCCCGGGUAACGCCCGGCCUCCUUUUUCCGAUUUGCUGAACGUUCCGGCCGAUUUGGAUUUCAACGGAAAACGGUUCGCUUCUCCCGAGCUUGUCAAUGCUGCCGUUUUGAACCGUGGCAAAUUGCGUCGCAGUCGCUCGGCAACCGACCUCAGCAGGCCAAAUUUUCACCGACCCAAGUUUGUGCCAAAUUUGGAAACCAUUUCUUCGGCUAAAAGUAAUCUAAAUUCGGCAAGUAAUUCUCAGGGGAAACAAGUUUUUAGGCCGACCAAUCUACGCCGAAGUGUUUCCGCCACCGAUAUUAACAUGAGGGUUCCCUCCAGUUUGGGUCCAGAGACGAAUAACGCGGCUCAGCAAUUUAAACGGCAGCUUUCAUCGAUAACCUCCGGAUUGCCCUCGAAAGCAAGCAAAACAAACGGAACGGCAAGUGCCACGGGAAGAGUUUUUGCCACCAAAUCGGUCACUUCCACAAUUGCUCCCGCUUCUGGUCAGCCUACCAGUAAGAAGCCGACGACCGCAUUCAAAGCCAAGGUAGUUCCCACAAAAACAGCUUCGGUCAAUUCCAGUGCAUCCAGUGAAAAGUCCAGCUCUUCCAGUGGCGGAGCGGCCAAAAAAGUGAUUAACAAGCGGAUUCCGCCAUACGACUACAAGGCCCGAUUCCAAGAUUUGCUAGAAAAACACCAGGUCCUAAAGGAAAAGCUGGAAAAUCUCCGCCAGGUGAAUUCCGAUUUGGAAUCGCUACCGCAAAAAUAUGACGAUUGUCUCAAAGAGUUGAACAAAUUGAAACAAGAUCACGAAAAACUCAACGCGGAACACGUUUCGGUCGUUUCGGAAAAUGCCAGCCUCAAGUUGAAGAAUGUGUCCCUUUCUACAAGUCUAAACGAAACAGAAUGUGAGCUGCGAUUGCUCAAAGAGCAGUAUAACGCGGCCGACACAGAGCGCCAUCAACUUCGGGAGCUAGUAAAAUCCCUUCAAGAGAAAUCAUCUGCUUUGGAGCAGCAGAAUGAAGCCCUGCGGGAAGACAACGACAAGAAGGCCGAGAUUCUGUUCCGGGCCAACAUCGAGCGAAAGGAUCUUCACAACACAAUCAUGGAUUUGCGGGGUAAUAUUCGUGUUUUCUGUCGUGUCCGGCCACCACUCGUUUCCGAAGCUGAUCGAUUGGAAAGCGCGUGGAAGUAUCUGGACGAGCAGUCGCUGGAAAUCGGGGCAACUGAUGGAAGCAACAAGCGGAUGGAGUUCAGCUUCGAUCACGUGUUCCAUUCGAAGACAACACAGGAGGACAUUUUCGAGAAUGUGGCUCCUCUGAUCCAGUCGGCUCUGGAUGGAUACAAUGUGUGUAUUUUCGCUUACGGACAAACCGGGAGUGGCAAAACUUACACCAUGGAUGGCGUGACGGAUCACCUGGGCGUUAUUCCACGAACGGUGGAUUUGAUUUUCAACGCCGUCGAGGACUACAAACGACUUGGAUGGGAGUACGAGAUUCGUGUGAAUUUCUUGGAAAUCUACAAUGAAAUUUUGUACGAUUUGCUGGAUUCAUCCGGUACCACGAAGGAGCUGGAAAUUCGCAUGGCAAACGCAAAGAACAAAACCGACGUUUACGUAUCGAACAUCAUCGAGGAAACCGUUCAAACUAAGAACCAUUUGCGGCAGCUAAUGUCAAUUGCCAAAUCGAAUCGAGCCACAGCCUGCACGGCGGGAAACGAGCGGUCGUCGCGAUCGCACGCAGUUACGAAAAUUCAGCUAAUCGGUACCCAUCGAGAAAAGACUGAGCUCAGUAUUGGUUCCAUCAAUUUGGUCGAUCUGGCUGGUUCUGAAAGCCCGAAGACGAGCACCCGCAUGGACGAAACUAAGAACAUCAAUCGAUCGCUCAGCGAACUCAGCAACGUUAUCUUGGCACUGGUGCAGAAAAACGAACACAUCCCAUACAGGAAUUCUAAACUGACGCACCUUCUCAUGCCCAGUCUGGGCGGUAACUCCAAAACGCUGAUGUUCGUCAACGUUUCGCCCUUCCAGGAUUGCUUCAACGAAACCGUCAAAUCAUUGAGGUUCGCUUCCCAGGUGAAUGCUUGCAAGAUGCAAAAAGUCAGGAAGAACAAAAUUUUAAACAAUUCGAGCAUAUUUUGAGCACUGGUUUCUUGUUCGUUCUAAUCGAUUUUUACAAAGACAAUUAUUCUAUUCGAGUUAUAAGUUAUAUGUAUCUUUUUAUAUUUUGAACACUCUAAUUUAACACAUACCUCUACCAAAAUCUAGACUACCACUAAAAUUGUUCAAUAAAUGUUUAUUCCUUACUAAUCACGUA